ACACGGGGCGCCCGCUCCUCCGCUGCGCGCUUUGAUUUCCGGGUGAUGCUGCUCUUCUCUUCAAAGCAGAGGAAAGUCGGGGGCUCAUGUGUCAACAUCCAGGGUUUCCCCGGGGAGGUGUAACGUUAACGUUAUUCCAAAAAAACCUAAUGAUCCUUUGAAGACCGUUUUCUUUUUGUUAGCCUAUUCAUCCUCGGAGGCAGCGCUUUUUCUGACUGCAAAGACCAGAAGACGAUCUUCGGCUCCUGCUGCUUUGACGUUAGCUAACAUUAUUUUAAACGAUGACAGAGUACAAACUGCGAAUAGCGUCUCCAAUCAUUUAAUAUCUGGGGACCUGUUAGCUUAGCCAGCUAGCCUGGUAAUUCGAUUAGAUCAAGGAAACACGGAGACACACACUGCUGACAUGAUGUUUCCUCAAUCAAGGCACUCGGCAUCCUCUCAGUCCAGUCAACCUCUCAAGUUCACUACUUCUGACUCCUGUGACCGCAUCAAGGAUGAGUUCCAGUUCCUCCAAGCACAGUACCACAGUUUGAAGUUGGAGUGUGAUAAACUGGCGUCUGAAAAGUCAGAGAUGCAGCGUCACUAUAUCAUGUACUAUGAAAUGUCCUACGGGCUGAAUAUUGAAAUGCACAAACAGGCUGAAAUAGUGAAGAGACUGAAUGGGAUCUGUGCUCAGGUGCUUCCUUACCUGUCACAAGAGCAUCAACAGCAAGUCAUGGGCGCCAUAGAGAGAGCCAAGCAAGUCACGCCUCCUGAGAUGAACUCCAUCAUACGGCAACAGCUCCAGGUGCAACACCUGUCCCAGCUCCAGGGCCUGGCCCUGCCUGUGACCCCGCUGCCCCUGGGCCUCACCCCUCCCACCCUGCCCGCCGUCUCCUCCAGCUCCGGCCUGCUCUCCCUCUCCUCCAUCCUGGCCAACUACUCCCAUGGUCAGGCCCAGGCGGUGAAGGAGGACAAGGCCCGGGAGGCCGCAGAGAGAGCGCCCCGAGGAGAAGACGGGGACAAGUCAGACUAGCGCAGACACAACAAGAAGGUUUUGGAGGGGGGUGUCAAGUGUUGAAAAAAAGAAAGGUAAAACUGUAAAUGGAGAUUGAUGUAAGUUUGGCUGCCUGUCUGCUGAGAGUUGAUGUAGAAGAGUAACUGCAGGGAUGAUGACAAGUAGAGAGGACAGAGUUGAAACUUUUGGAUGUGCAGUGAAUGAAACUGCUGAAUGGCUGAGAGUUAAAUGUUCUUAUUAUUUAGUGGUAAUAGACUCAGUUCAGGCUUCUAGACUUUAAAUAGAUGCUUUUUUAGUGUAAGCCACUGUUGUUAGGCUUAACCAAGAUAAAUGUUUUCUCAUUUGGAGUGAGAGCUGAGGAUGAAAGCUAACAGCAGUGUCCCUUACAUGGAUCUGCCUCUCACAGGUUUAUAUUUCUUACUUUUUUUUGUUUGUCAGAUCUGUUGCUUUAGUCCCUCUGAUUGUUUCUUACUGGCCCCAUCUGCCAGUCACAGUGAGCAGUUUUAACAAUAUCUCAGUUCCCAAUAAGUCCUUUCCUUCCUCUCAUAACAUACAAUAGCGCCUUCACCUUUUUUCCAAAAUGAAAAAUGUCGACUGGAGCUGUUUGGACAGUGAUACCAUUCAUUUAUUUACUUGGAGCCAAAUUAAAUCUUAGUCUGAUGUUAAAUGGGAUGUUUUUAAAGGGACGUUUCACUUGUCAGGUGCAUUCAAACCCUUCAAACAAAAACCAAUGCGUCUUUUCACCAUUUUUUUUUUCUUCAUACAAUCAACCACUGGAUGUGUUACCUUUAGCUGUGUACCUCAAUCCCAAAUAAAUGGGAUUAUAUUACAUUAAAAACCUAUAGUUUGUACAAAUGGUAGUAUACCCAUCUUGGGGGUUAAUUUGUGUUUCAUAGGCGCUACAUGGCAUAGACCCUGACUCGUCUUUGAAUGACAAGAAUUUAAGCUCUGAAAAAAAAUUUACUUUAUUUUGACAUGUUGUUUUCGUGAAGUUAAAGACAGGCUAAUUAGACAUUCAAAAUGUGUCUGUGUGUGCUCGAGUGAAUGUGAUCAGAAAGAAGAAAACACUUGUUUAAUUUAACUUUAUUUUUUUUCUUAAAGCACCUUUUGUAUUUUCCUCACCUCCCCUGCUCCUGCCCCUUCCUCGUACUGGUCCACCCUUUAACUGACCAAGACAAACUUGAACAGGAUCUCAACUUCAGAACCAGACGGUCGUAAAAGACAUACAUGUACUGUAUUUCUGUAAGUUAGCACACUUCGUUUAUACUGAGACUGUAUCAAGCACAUGUCUUUUGCUGUCUUGUUUAACUUGUACGUGAUUUUUUAAGUUUCCCAUUGUUUUAAUGAAGAUAUGUGUCCGGGGUGAGUUGCUAAAGCUCUGUAAGCAACAUCAAACAAGUGUUCCCUCAGAAAACAACAUAUUUAAACAUGAUUCUCACAGUCAGAAUUUGUUCUGGUGACCAAAUUAUUGUGUCCUGUUGCAAAAAAACUGGCAAUGAUUUAAUCAUUGGAAUCACUGAAAAAAUGGAGAUAUAGAUGGUAUAUGGCUGGAACGAGGCUAGUGUGAACACACUACAUACUCAAACUUUUUUAGAUUUUGUAUGUAGUAUGGAUUUGAAAUCCACUAAAGGCGCUAAGAUAGUUCAUCAGAAGUGCUUGUCGGUGCUUUGGAAACUCCCUCCGCCCCCACUUUUUGGACAUCAUAAUUGGAGUGGCUGCUUCUGACAAUUUCUAUAACUUUCAGAAACUGACGAUCCAACAUUUAAUGCAGCAAUUGGCCAGGUGUGUGGAGGUGCCAAAGUAAACUUCUCUCUCUAGCUCUCUUUUUUUUCAUUCUUUACUCAACUAUUUCUGUUACUUUUCACAUGGACAAACGAGUGCAACACUGCGAAUGCCUUCCAGGAGAGACUGUCUAAAAAUGUGUACUGUAAUCCCCAUAUUUAAACGAUUAUCGCCGUAGCUCAACAAGCAAACACCACCUGGUCUGCUUUUCACGCCACUUUAAAGUGUGGCCGUUCGAAACAGCAAUAAAAACUUCUGCCUUCUGACAUGGUCAGAUGACACGCUGUACAAACUUCUUUCGUUCUUUUUUUAUCAUAACCCGACUCUUAGAUUAAGCAGGUUUUGAGUAUGCAGUGUGUUUAACAUUGGAAAAGUAAUAAAAUAAAUUGUGCUCAAAACAGUCAGUAUGCAGACAAAAACACCUUGAUUUUCAAGUGCGCUAUUGAUAGAUUCUAUUGUCCCACAAUGCAAUGCACAAAGGAAAUGGAGGAGCUGCUGCGCACAGCUAGAACAAAUUUAAACUAAUGGUAGAUGGUGGUGAGAAAACUCCAGGAACAUCUCAGAAAACAAUUUUUGGGAAUUUUGGAAAACAUGAUGUCCUUUUGAUGUUAAUUUUAAUUGGCAGUAGCUUUCUAAAGUGGCAGUUGAAUUGACCUCCAAUGGAGCGAGUGUUUGUAUCAUUAGUAUAAAUUAAAUAAUAAAUAAACUGUUAAGUAUGUUGAUUUCUUUUAUACCAACUGCAUAUAAAUAUAAAGGUUAAAGUAUAAAGGUUAGUAUAUCGUUCAUACUGUAUGUAGUAUGGAAUUGGGACUCUGCUCACUAAGGCGUGUGGUUGAGAAAUAGGAAUGUUCAUAUUUAAGGCAGCAGGUGGCAGCAGUGCGCUCUCAUUGAUCAUUAGUAUGAAGUUACAUUCACAAGACUGAUGUCUACUGAGUGUCUAAAGAUGUCCAGAUCAGUCUACUGUGUUCACCUUAUUGUCACCGCUGUUCUCUUCUCGUCUUCAUUUUCUGACUGUGGGCCGAGCAUCUGUACACUGCAGGUGUUCGCUGUUAUUCCCCUGUAAUGUGAGUGCUUUCCAGAGCUUUGACAACCCACCUUGUAAUGUCUGAGCACGUCCGAGAUUGGAGCUUAAACCUUUUCUCUGUAUUUUAAUUUGAAAAGCACUUAAGUUGUGGCUCAGUGCUAUUUUCUUUUUUCUUCUUCCUGUCUGUGCUAGUGUUGGGGAGCUGAAGAUGUUCCCUCCCUGGAGAUUUGACCUUAAUAUAUCGAGUGCGAGAACAGAUCAGUUAGUCAUUUGCACGCUUUAUGCUGACGUCAGUCUCUGUAGAAAACCUCCUCUGGCAAAACUCAGACAUAUGAAUGGUAUGUGUGUUUGUUUUUGCUGUGAAGGGCCAAUUUGUAUACAUAUGAAUAUAUCAAUAUACAUAUUUUUUAAAGCAUUUUUGUAUGUUUCAAAGCUGCUUUUUAAUGUGUGUGUAUCAUGGAAGAUUUGGUGUUGUAUGUGUGCAUUACAAGCCUACAGUUAAGAGGCACAAUGUUGUAUACCAUGUCGUUUUCCUGUUUUUUCUCCCAUUCUCUCAGUAGGCAGUAACACUUAACAUUGUUUUCUAGGUUUGUAAAUGUUAUCUUUUUUUUUUUUUUGUGCAAACAAAAACCAGUUUAAUGUGUUUAUGAACACAGUCUCAUUUUAAGAUACCUGGGGCAAAAAAACAAAAAACAAAGAUGUAAACAAGCAACUGUGUACUCUAAUGAGAAUGAAUCAACCUUUUAGCAGUAAGGAAGCUUCUCUGGUGCCUUACAAAUAAAAGACGUGAUUGAGAGUG